AUGUCGACAGUCGUACCAGAGAUCCUUUGGGCUCAGCGCUCAUCGCCUGACGAGGCCGAGAAGAACGUUGUGAUGCUCACCAUCAACGUCCCCAACCUUCCCUCUCCACCAGAGACCAAAUUCGACCUCACGUCAACUGGCUUCACAUUCAACGCCUCGGUCGGCGACAAGUCCAAGGGCAUCGACCCCAAGACCUACUCCUUCUCGCUCGACUUCUUCGACGAGAUUGACACCGAAAACUCUAAGACACACCUCAACUCCAAGUGUCUCUAUGCCGUGCUGCGCAAGAAGACCGCUCAGGAGGAGUACUGGCCUAGGUUGACCAAGGACAAGGUUCGUCUGCACAAUGUCAAGACCGACUUCGACAAGUGGGUCGAUGAGGAUGAGCAGAACGACGUCGAGGAGGACCUCAGCGGCGGCAUGGGUGGCAUGGGCGGAAUGGGUGGCAUGGACCCGUCAAUGAUGGGUAUGGGCGGUGCUGGCGGUAUGGGCGGUAUGGGUGGAAUGGGUGGCAUGGGCGGUAUGGGUGGCAUGGACCUCCAGGCGAUGAUGGCGCAGAUGGGUGGUAUGGGUGGUAUGGGCGGCGGCAUGCCCGACUUUGGCGGCGAGGACGACGAUGACGACGAGGGCGAUGUCGAGGACGCCCCUGUCGCCGCUGAGGAGGCCAAGUAA